AUGGGUACAGUUUUGCCCCAUUCUUGUGGGGAAAUAUGUAAUAGGUCGUUGAAAUAUGAAUGUGGGUAUAAGUGUUUGUUGGGUCCUUGCUCGGCUAGCCCGAAGUGGAAGGUGGCGGCAUUAGUAGCGUAUGGUGGUGGCGCGGUAUUGGAUUUCGAAAACGUGGUUACCAAUGCGGUUAAGGAUUUUGACGGGACGGGUCCUCCAGAUUUAAUCCUUAUGAAUAAGUUUCGGAAGGUUCGUCAAGCGCUAGUGGAGUGGCGGAAAAAAGUGGUGGCCGAUGACAAUGAGCUGGAAGCGAAUUUGAAACAAGACCUUUUGGAGUUGGAUGCUAUGGUUGAAGAUAGGGAUUUGACGGAGGUGGAGCAAUGGGUCCAUGUAGAAGCGACUAAAAAGUUAAAAGAAUUGGAAGUUUGCAAAGCCAAAGAUCUUCAGCAAAAAGCACAAAGUGAAAAAGGAAGUUCUCCGUUUUUUUUAAAUCGGUUCGCUGAAGAUCUUGGUGCUCGGCCUUCUUUGGAUUGUUACGGCAUUAAUCAGUUACACGAUGAAGAUGCAGAGGCACUUGUGAAGUCGUUUUCUGAGGAAGAGAUUAAGACGGCUGUGUUUGAGUGUGGCAGUGACAAAGCGCCGGGGCCCGAUGGUUUCAAUUUUAGAUUCGUGAAGCGAUUUUGGUCGUUGUUUGCAGCUGAUUUCGUAGCAAUCAUUGAAUACUUCUCGGAAACUGGUACUAUUAAUCGGGGUGUCGGGUCUUCUUUUAUUACGUUGGUUCCUAAGGUUAGUGAUCCAACUCAUCUUGGUGACUAUCGUCCAAUUAAUCUUAUUGGGGUUAUUAGUAAGGUUAUUUUUAAAACUCUUGCUAAUAGACUCAAGACGGUUAUGGGGAAAAUUACUUCUGAAUCACAAUCGGCAUUUCUUUCGGGAAGGUAUAUCCUUGACGGUCCCUUAAUCAUUAAUGAAACUUUAUCUUGGGCGAAUAGGACGGGAAAAGAAUUAUUUCUUUUCAAAAUUGAUUUCGAGAAGGCUUAUGAUAAUGUUCAUUGGGAGUUCUUGUUAUCGGUGAUGCGCCAAAUGAAGUUUCCUGAUAUGUGGUGUAGGUGGAUUAGAGGAAUAUUAUCGUCGGCUCGUUCUUCUAUUCUGGUUAAUGGCUCCCCGACGUUUGAGUUUAAUUGUGAGAAGGGUAUUCGUCAAGGGGACCCGAUUUCUCCUUUUCUUUUUAUUAUUGUGAUGGAGGCGUUGUCUUGCAUGAUUCGCAAGGCAGUCGAUAGUGGUGUUUUUGAUGGGGUUCGUCUUCCUAAUAGGGGCCCGACCAUUUCCCAUCUGUUGUAUGCAGACGAUGCGAUGGUGAUGGGUGAAUGGUCCCAAUUUAAUUUUUCAGCUCUGAAGAGGAUUUUGCGCAUCUUCCACUUAUGCUCUGGUCUCAGGAUUAAUAUACAGAAAUCGAGCUUAUUUGGGGUAGGCAAAAACAUGGAAGAGGUGGGUUCAAAGGCGUGUGGGUUGGGAUGUAGUUCGGGCGUUAUUCCUUUCAAGUAUUUGGGUAUUUCAGUCGGUGUUAAUAUGAGUCGAAUUGGCAAUUGGGAUUUGGUGGUUGAUGUGUUCAAGAAAAGAUUGUCGAGGUGGAAGUCUAAUGUUUUAUCUAUGGGUGGAAGGGUGGUUCUUAUUAAGGCGGUUCUAGAGAGUCUCCCGACAUAUUACUUUUCAUUGUACAAAGCUCCGGUAGCCAUCAUUAAUAAGCUUGAAGUGAUUAUCAAGCGAUUUUUAUGGGGUGGGAAUGAUGAUCGAAAUAAAGUCCAUUGGGUUGCUUGGGAUAAGGUUACGAAAUCUAAAAGAGAUGGGGGUUUGGGUCUUAGUAGUCUAGAGGAGACCAACAAUGCGUCAGCUUUAAAAUGGUUAUGGAGAUAUCGGUUAGAGCAUGAUGCACUUUGGAGGAAGGUGAUUGACGCGGUGCAUGGAUCGACUAGAAGAUGGGAAGCGUUCCCGUGUAAUAAACGCUUCUCUGGUUCACGGAGUAAAUUGGUGACCUUUGGUUCUCGGUUGAAGGUUCAAGGUAUUAGUUUUGUGAAUAUGAUUCGUGGGGUUGUGGGUAAUGGUAAUAAGGUGAAGUUUUGGAUUGACCCGUGGCUAACAAGUGAAUCGUUAAAGACAAUGUACCCGGCUCUGUUUCGUCUUGAGGUUAAUAAAUGGUGCUCGGUGGCGGAUAGGGUUCUUAUGGGAAGUAAUGGUCCUAUCAUUGCUUGGGAAUGGAAGACAUAUCCGUCCUCAAUUGUUGAAGUUAAUAACCUCAUUGAGGUUCAUAGGAAGCUUGCGGCCGUUUGUUUACAACGAAAAGAAGACACUUGGGUUUGGAACCAAGGGGACAAUGCCGACUUCUCGGUUAAGGAGACAAGGAAAUGGUUAAGAAGCAAUGAAUUCGCGGACGAUAGUAUUGGUUUUUCUUGGUGUAAAUGGUUACCUAAUAAAUGUAAUAUCUUCAUGUGGAGGGCUAACAUGGAUAGGAUCCCUACUCAGAGUGCGCUUCGAAAGAGAAAUAUUUGUGUGGGAGAUGGGUUAUGUCCUCUUUGUGGUGACACGGAAGAGACCUCGGACCAUUUAUUUUCGGCUUGCCGCGUGGCGUGUGGAGUUUGGAUGGGCAUUUCAACUUGGUGUAAGAUCUCGCCUUUCUUUGUGUUCUCAGUUACUGACAUCCUUCAAAUAGUUAAUUAUUUGGGUGGUUCGGACACUAUAAAAGAGGCGCUAUAUGGUGUUCUUAUCUUAGCUUGUUGGCGAAUUUGGAAAGCUAGGAAUGAGAAGGUUUUCUCAGGUUCUCAUACGGAAAUGGUUCAAAUUGUUUCGGAUGUAAAGUCUUUGGGUUUUCUUUGGUAUAGGAGUAGAAGUAGGAAGGGCAACGUAGCUUGGAAGGAUUGGUGUAAAUUUUCUUUUCCUGUGAUGUAA